AAUACCCGGGUUGAGUCCAGAUGCACACAUGUCUACUCGGCUCAGCACCCGCGAAGCGAUGGAAGCAAGGAUCCAAAGCGCUCUACAUUUAUUCUGAACUCCAUCUUAAAUUUGUGUGUUUCCAUUAUUUAAAGACCCCCUCCCUCUCUCCCUGGGAGUCACAUCGGUCGUCUUGAGGCGGCUGCUGCCUGAGCAGAUGUGGACCAAAGCUAAAGUUUGCCUGGCGCCGCACAUGGGCGACUUGAUUCCGUCGGCGAGGAGCGCAUGGGCACGUAGCGAGGGUAUCCAGCCAGAGACCUACACCUUUGAUUCCCCGGCAGCUUGAGAUGCGUUUGAUCCCGAGCUCCCUGUAAAACUCCCCUCCCCUCCGCUUGUCUUUUGGUUAAGACCAAACCGAUGUUCUUUUUUUUAUUUUCUCCCUGAAUACAUUUCUUCUAUUCUUAAUCCGUCCUAUUAACCUUUCCCUAUUUUGAGGGCUAAAGCUGUAAAUUGGUAAGAAUGGUUGUGGAAGGGGACACGAUGUCUGUGGGCAGUGGGGUUAGGCUGAAGCAGGAGAUCUCCCUCCUCCACGGGGUCUGCCUCAUCGUGGGAAACAUGAUUGGCUCUGGAAUCUUUGUCUCUCCGAAGGGAGUCCUCAUGUAUACGGGCUCUUUCGGCUUGUCUCUGGUGGUGUGGGCCAUCGGGGGGAUAUUUUCUGUGUUCGGAGCGCUGUGCUACGCCGAGCUCGGCACCACCAUCCGCAAAUCGGGGGCUUCUUACGCCUACAUACUGGAAGCGUUCGGAGGCUUCCUGGCUUUUAUUCGGCUGUGGACGUCCCUGAUGAUAGUAGAGCCAGCCUGUCAGGCAGUGAUAGCCCUGACCUUCUCCACCUACAUGGUGCAGCCCUUCUACCCCACCUGUGCCGCCCCCUACCACGCCGUCCGCCUCUUUGCAGCCGCCAUCAUAUGUUUGCUGACUGCGGUGAACUGCAUGAAGGUAAAAUGGGGAGCAAUUCUGCAGGUCAUCUCUACUGUAGCGAAGGUUCUCGCUCUCAUCGUCAUCAUCAUUGCUGGCUUGGUGAAGCUGGCUCAAGGGUUCGACCAGAACUUUGAGGACUCGUUCAAAGGCUCCAAGCUGAACCCAGGUGACAUGGCCUUGGCGCUUUAUUCAGCCCUCUACUCCUACUCUGGCUGGGACACGCUCAACUUCAUCACAGAGGAGAUCAAGAACCCAGAGAGGAAUCUGCCUUUGUCCAUAGCCAUUUCCAUGCCCAUUGUCACAAUAAUCUACAUUUUAACUAACGUAGCUUACUACGUGGUCAUGGAUGCAGACACGGUGCUCUACAGUGACGCGGUUGCUGUGACGUUUGCAGAUGAAGUCCUGGGCUGGGCUCGAUGGCUGAUCCCCAUUUCUGUGGCCAUUUCUUGCUACGGAGGCCUCAACUCCUCCAUCAUCGCUGCUUCUAGGUUGUUUUUUGUUGGCUCCAGGGAAGGCCACCUACCCAACGUCCUGUGCAUGAUCCACAUUAAACGUUACACCCCGAUUCCAGCCCUGCUUUUCAAUGGCGGCAUGGCCUUAAUUUACCUGUCCGUGCCUGACGUCUUCCGGUUAAUCAACUACUUCAGUUUCAACUACUGGCUGUUCAUCGGCAUGUCGAUAGCCAGUCAGAUCUACCUUCGCGUCAAAUUUCCAGAAAUGCCGCGUCCUGUAAAGCUAUCUCUGUUCUUCCCCGUGGUUUACUGCAUCUGCAGCAUUUUCCUGGUCGUGGUGCCCCUCUACAGUGACACCAUCAACUCCUUCGUUGGAAUCGCUGUUGCUCUGUCUGGAGCGCCGGUCUACUACAUCUGUAUCUAUCUACCUCCCACAUCCAGACCAGCCUUCCUUGGAAAGAUGCUCGAUAAGCUCUCUCUGUUCACCCAGAAACUGUGCUUCUGCUGCGUGGCCUCGCCUGAUAUCGAUCUGGACAACAUAGACCCGGAGAAGAUCGAAUGAUGCAGUGACGGGAGAACCCCGAGGAGAGAGGCGCGGCCUAGAGGAUGGAUGAAUGGGCAGAUGAAGGAAACUCGAGUUACACGACGAAGAAGCUCCGCCGUGCUCCUCGCUCUCCUCUUUACUCACGUCGUAGAAUCAGAAAAGCAUCAGCAGGGUGUCUUACACACACGGUGCACAUGAGCAGUUUACAGAGUUUAACGGUGUGUGUGUGUGUGUGUGUGUGUGUGUGUAUGUGUGUGUGAAUGAAUGGCGGCGGCAGAGUGAGUGCAGAAACUCACCGGCACUCCUCAGAGAUCACAGAAACAGCUUUGCACAUCCUCCAUUGACUGUUUUGCGGGUUACAAAGUUUUAUGUGCUCCUUAACCCAUAGGACCAAAUGCAGAUAUGAAGAGAUUAUUUUAAGUUUCUCAAGAAUUGUCAACUAAGGUGCUGUCGCGUCAGGCCGUUUUUUUUUUUUUUUCCACCUGUAUCACUUGACAUUUCGACUUUUUCAUUUUGUAGCCUUCUCCAUCCAGGUGACGUUAACGUUCAUCUUUGUCUUUGUUCACCAUAUUUUUGUUAAAGUUGUGCCUUAUAUAUAUGUUUUUCCUUUUCUUGACCUUUUUUUCCACACCUGCGCAAACAGCUGAGGUUGGAAACUUUAUUUUUUUUCUUGGAGUUGCAGGGAUUGUUGGAGGAUUAAAUGCUCCUUGUAAUGCUCAGAGGCAAACCUCAGGAUCGGUCAUGCUGUUUCUGCUGAUCCCCCCCUCCCUCACCACCAUCAGUCUUAAAGGACUGAAUAACAUAAAGGACAUUUAACGUUGCAGCGUUUCAUCAUAAAGCUUGUAGAAUUAUGUUCAGACCGUCUCCUGUGUUAUGCGGAUGUCGUGUGUUGAGCUACGUGUAGAAAUGUGGUCCUUUCUGAGCUGUAUGUGCCUUCUGAGUGGUGAAAUAGUUCCUGCCUGCUGCUGGAAGUCGUCUUGAGCACAAUAGAUGAAACGUUCCUGUAGCAUCGUCCAGCUGUUCUUCUUUUCUGAAGCACAUGGUGCACCAAGCAGCCCUUAAACGGAUCCGCCGUAUUUACAUGAGCACUUCCGCAGCAGUAGUUGAAAACCGGCACAAAUAUAGCUGAUGUGCUCAGUCGCUUCCUCUGGGAUCCUAGUACUUAUUGAAACAUUGGCUUUGUUUUAUAGACGAUAUAACGCCACUAUAUUCAGUCCAUUUCCACAGAUAUGACCUUAUGGGACGUGAAUGUUGCAAUUUAAAUGAGUGUUUGCUUUGUCAGUGGGCGCCAAGUGUUUGGUUGAAGAUUAUUAUAGUACAGAAGAAAUGUCAAGUUGUCGUUUUUAACCUUUCUAUGUACGUAGACAAACCAAAUGCCCAAAACGGUUCAGCUGUAAGUCUUGUUUCACCAGAAGGUGUUUGCUGUGUGUUUUUAUCCAAAUAAAGUACAAUAUGGGAAUCAGUGCA